GAUUGGCUGCCGCAGGAGAGGGUGGUCCAGCUGGCAGCAGUUACCCAGGUUUCCGGUGCUCGGCCAGAGUCGGGGACGCGGUCGGACGUCCGCGGUGAAAUCACAAUGAAGAACCAAGACAAAAAGAAUGGGCCUGCCAAACACUCCAACCCGAAGAGCAGCCCCGGGCAACGGGAAGCAGGACCGGAGGGAGCUCAUGGACGGCCCAGACAGACAGCUCCUGGUGCGGAAGCUGAAGGUUCCACAAGCCAGGCUCCUGGGAAGACCGAGGGCGCUCGAGCUAAAGCAUCUCAGUCUGGGGCCCUCUGUGAUGUCUCUGAGGAGCUGAGCCGACAGUUGGAAGACAUUCUGAGUACAUACUGUGUGGACAACAAUCAGGGAGGCCCAGGUGAGGAGGGAGCUCAGGGGGAGUCCACUGAGCCUGAAGACACAGAGAAGUCCCGAACCUAUGCAGCCAGGAAUGGGGAGCCUGAACCGGGCAUCCCAGUAGUCAAUGGCGAGAAAGAGACCUCUAAGGGGGAGCCUGGCACGGAAGAGAUCCGAGCAAGUGAUGAGGUUGGAGACCGAGACCUUCGAAGGCCACAGGAAAAGAAGAAAGCCAAGGGUCUAGGGAAAGAGAUCACUUUGCUGAUGCAGACACUGAACACGCUGAGUACCCCAGAGGAGAAGCUGGCUGCACUGUGCAAGAAGUACGCCGAGCUGCUGGAAGAGCACCGCAAUGCCCAGAAGCAGACAAAGCUGCUGCAGAGGAAGCAGACCCAGCUCGUGCAGGAGAAGGACCAUCUGCGUGGUGAGCACAGCAAGGCUGUCCUGGCCCGAAGUAAGCUUGAGAGCCUGUGCCGGGAGCUGCAACGGCACAACCGAUCCCUAAAGGAGGAAGGUGUGCAGCGAGCCCGAGAGGAGGAGGAGAAGCGCAAAGAGGUGACUUCACACUUCCAGGUGACACUGAAUGACAUUCAGCUGCAGAUGGAACAGCAUAACGAGCGGAACGCCAAGCUGCGACUAGAGAAUGUGGAGCUGGCCGAGAGGCUCAAGAAGUUGAUUGAGCAGUACGAGCUUCGUGAGGAGCAUAUCGACAAAGUCUUCAAACAUAAGGACCUGCAGCAGCAGCUAGUGGACGCCAAACUCCAGCAGGCCCAGGAGAUGCUGAAGGAGGCAGAGGAGCGGCACCAGCGGGAGAAGGAGUUUCUCUUGAAAGAGGCGGUGGAGUCCCAGAGGAUGUGCGAGCUGAUGAAGCAGCAGGAGACCCACUUAAAGCAGCAGCUCGCCCUGUAUACAGAGAAGUUCGAGGAAUUCCAGAACACACUUUCCAAAAGCAGUGAAGUGUUCACCACGUUCAAACAGGAGAUGGAAAAGAUGACAAAGAAGAUCAAGAAGCUGGAGAAAGAGACCACCGUGUAUCGGUCCCGGUGGGAGAGCAGCAACAAGGCUCUGCUGGAGAUGGCUGAGGAGAAAACCCUCCGGGACAAAGAGCUGGAAGGCCUGCAGGUGAAAACCCAGCGGCUGGAGAAGCUCUGCCGGGCACUGCAGACAGAGCGCAAUGACCUGAACAAGAGGGUACAGGACCUGACUGCUGGGGGCCAGGGCUCCCUCACUGACACUGGCUCCGAGCGGAGGCCGGAGGCUGCCACUGCCUCCAAGGAACAAGGGGUUGAGAGUCCUGGGGCUCAACCUUCCAGCUCUCCAAAGGCCACAGAUGCUCCUGGCUGCCCUGGAGCACCGAGCACAGAAACAGCAGGCCAAACAGGGCCCGGAGAGCCCACCUCUGCUACGGCCUAGAGGUCAUGGUGCUUGGGCAUGCUGGGAAGGGAGCAGCAGCCCAGUCAGGCCUGGUCCGUGCAAGGCUUCCACACUGAGCAGCCCAGUGCUAAGGCCAGGGUGUUCUGACCUGGAGGGCAUAGGACACUUGACAAUUUUGAAUUUUGUGGGUUAGUCUUACAUGGCUGGGGCAGGUGUGCAGAACCUCGUGCAGUCACAUAGUUAACACCUGUAGGUGUACUGUGGGCUUUCACUGAGGAUGGGUGUGUGGGUGAAGUUGGUGACUCUGUAAAGAGUCUUCGAUGUCAUCUCUAACUGUCAUCACAGUAAGCUGGCAGGUCAGAUGACGCCAACAUUUUCCUACCCAGCUCUGAGGCUCAGACCCCUCUUGGCCCUUUUCAGAGCUCGUGACAAGUGAAGACACCCAGGCCUGGCUCUUCUUUUUUGUAAACAGAAUUUGGGCAGUUUGGGCUCUUGUCACUCCCUGGAGGUUUCACUGCUUCUCUCAACCUGGGAAUGGUGUCCCUGGCAGAGCCUUUGUGGGAACAGAAGUGGAGGGUGUGCCCUCGAGGGAAGGAAUGCCCUCGCCCACUUCCCCCGGUGAUGCCGGGUCCAGGCCAGUGCUGCUUCUCAGCUCUCAGUAGCCUUAGCUUUCACAGGUGCCUCUAGCCUGCACAAGGACUGACAGAUGCUACCCAAAGGAUUCUUUUGGGAGGGUUUUUGUUUGUUUUGCUUAAGAGUUUGUAUUAAAAAUCUUCGAAGGAAGGAAUAGGGAUACUAUAGCAGUGGUCCCCAGGUGCCUGGCCUCCAGUGCCCCACUUGGAACCACCCUGUCAGGGUCCUUUGCCAUGUCGGUGCCAAGGUAUCCUGCCUGGGAAGGUGAGAUAUUCAAGCGAAGGGAGGAGGCUUCUAAUGGCUUUGCCACAAGCUUGCCUAUGGGCUUCAGCCUAGGAGGCGACCACUAGUUUCCCACCACUGCCUCCACGGGUCCACAUGCCACUUGGCUUAUGGCCAUUGUUUUGUCCCUCCCCCCUUACCUCCAACUCAGAGGAGCAGUUUUUGAAAACUGCUCUCGUGCCAUUUCCUGGCAGCCUCUUGGCCAAAAAAAUGAGACCUUGGGAUGUCACUUCUUCCUGCCUAAGCCCUAAGGUAGGGCGAGAACAGACAUCCCAGGAACCAAAAUGGCCACAGGGUGUUGGGUUUGCCUUCCCUCCCCAUUCCUCUCACAACGUUACUGUGUUCUCUGCGCAGCUCUGAAGUUCUUGUUGCACACUGUCAGGGCAUUAGCAGUUUCACAGCAGCUUUCUGGGGUAACAGUGUCUCGGAAACGAUGCUCUCUUUCCAUAAGCUAAGUAGGCCAUACACCAAGAUUGGAUGAAGUUUUGCUUCUUACUGUAUUCACCUCUUGCAUUGUCCUGCAAGUUUCCUCAUCUUCCAUAACUAUCUUCUAAGCCCCACAUGCUCACAUUGAAAACUGAGCUGGGAUGGUAUAUCCCUGUAAUCCCAGAACUCAGCAGGGCUCGGAAGCAGGACCCCUCGUCAGAAAACCAAGAUGUUACAGGCCAGUAGGAGACAUCAUGUGCUAAUGAUCAUGUAUUUAAGUCCAGAAAUGACAAAGCAAUGGCCCUUCCCCAUGCCACGGGCUCUACCGGUUCAAAUAUUUGCUACCCUGGGAUAUUUAUUGAGGCUGCUUUGCCAUCUCUAGCUGGGAUCUGUUGUCCUGUGGAAUUUCUCCCAAGGUCUUCUCUCUUGGGAAUCAUAGUAUUCUUCCCGUUCCAGUAAGGCCUCACAGCCCGCAUCCAGGCUGAGAUCUGGCCCUUUAACCCAUGGGGCUCCUUAGGCUGCAGAGACGUAGGAUAAGGCGUCUUUCUGCCUCUGUGGUCCGUGUACAUUGGCUGCCUCACUUCAGCUACCUCUUACAGCGCGUGCAGGGUUACAGUUGGGUGUCAGUGAGGCAGGCUGGGAGGCCACAGUGUCAAUAGAACCUUGGCCGUUUGCUCCAUCCACUUGUAGGCACCCAGGGCAAUACAUAGAUGGCAACCUCUUCCUUUCCCUCCACUGACCAAAUCUGAAGUCACUACAGCUGCUCUGCUUUCCAAAGUCAGCCCAGGAGUCUGGGCCACUGCAGGGAGGUCGCCUGUGGGAGAGGGCCAGGCCCUUCCUCACUUGGGCAAGCCCCUUGCUCAUGACCUCAUUUUAGGACCAAGAGCUGUGUUGGUUUCUUAGAUUGUUAGCUUUUUCUCUAGAGGACCACAGUGGGUACGCCUUAGAGCCGAGGACCCUUGGCUCUACAAUGUUUAGGUCCUUGUCCGGGUGAGAGCUUCAUGUUCGCCACGUCAGCCGCACUCUUGUUGUUUUCCGUGAGGCUUUUGGACCAUGGGCAGAGCUUAGGCACUUUCUGUAAGACUGUUGUUUCUGUAAAGAUGGUUGUUCAAUGCUUCCUAGUCCCAGUCAUGUCAGUCCUACUGAGGGCUGCCCGGGUGUCGCAGCGGGGCUGCAGCCCCUCCCACCUUAGUGGCAUGGGUGGGUCACCAGGCAUCCCGCUGCCCUUCUUGAGCAGCCUGAGGCAGGAGGGCUGCCUCUGUCCCCAUAACUGCUUUCCUUUGCCUCCCACCCUUGUUUGAAGUUGUGCUGACAGCUUUUUUCCCCCUCUCUCCCCUUCCCAGUCUACUUUUGGUAUUCACAACAGCCAGGGACUUGAUAUUGAUGUAUUUUACACCACAUUAAAUAGUCUAUUGCCUUACUUGUA